UUCGUCGUUCGUGUCAUCGUAGCGGACUGUACUAGUACUUACCCAAGGUAAGGUACCUUCGUAAGUACCUAAGCUAGUAGCACCUCGUUUUGUGUAGGUGCCCUGCCUGUUGUCCGUACACUUACACCACUUACACCACUUACACUUCCCUCAUCCUCAAACCUUCCGACGCCACCUGAAGCCGCAAACAAUAUGAAGCCCAUUCUGAAUGCCUACGAAUAUCUGGUCAUAAUAAAAGCCCCGCCAUAGUCUGUCUGCUCUCUGUCCUCAUCACUUCUCUCCUUACCUGCGUCUCCCUCCAAAUUUGUCGAGUCGAACCACCAACUCGUUCCCCUUGUUUUCAUCCCUACCUACCCCCUUUCCUCUCUUCACACCCUUUACUGGCAAUCAUCUUUUCCAUGUCCUGGCUUCUCAUCAGCAUGGGGGGUAAACCCUCCAAGCCCCCGCCUCAUGUCAUCAUGUCCGCCGAGGUCAUGACCGACGAGACCCUCCAUCAGGGUCUUGACGGGGUGCAUAUUCGCAAUGGCCACCAGGAGAGUCCCGAAUCCAACCAGAUGAACGAGAAAUCGGCUUGCCUUGCCCGUAAGCCCCAGAGCCUCUCGCUGCCGCUUGUCCAGUCAUGGCAGCGCCGUUUCCUCGAAGAGCCCAAGAAUAGGCUCGCUCUCAUGGCUCUCAGCGUCGGUGAUCCUCGCAAGGCCCUCAUCUCCGCGGCCACUAUCCGCGCCGACCCCCACGUCUUCAACGUCCGUAUCCCCCUGGAAGGCAGUCCGGUCACCAACCAGAACGCCUCGGGCCGCUGUUGGCUCUUCGCCGCGACCAACGUCUUUCGCGUGGCCCUCAUGAAGCGGUACGACCUCGCCGCCUUCGAGCUCUCCCAGUCCUACCUCUUCUUCUGGGACAAGCUGGAAAAGGCCAACUGGUUCCUCGAGCAAGUCAUCGACACCGCCGCCCACGGAUACCACCUCGACUCCCGCCUCGUGCAGCACCUCCUCGCCGAACCCAUCUCCGACGGCGGCCAGUGGGACAUGGUCAGCAACCUUGUUAGCAAGUACGGGCUCGUGCCGCAGUCCCUCUACCCGGAUACAUGGAACGCCAAAAAUUCGUCUGUCCUGAACAGGAUCCUCAGGUCCCAACUGCGUGAGUAUGCCGUAGUCCUCCGUCGUCUUGUCGAGCGGGAGAAGGAGAAGGAAAAGGAGGAUGGAAGGGAGAAAGAAGACGAGGAGGACAAGGCCACCACGGCCUCGCAGGCCGUCACAUACGCCAAGGCCCGCAUGCUUCGCGCUAUCCUAGGCGUCCUGACCGUCACCCUCGGGCCGCCGCCAGACCCCCGUGCCGAGUUCACCUGGGCGUACGAGGACGCGGACGGCCAGGCACACGAGCUGCGCACCACACCCUGCGUCUUUUCGCUCGCGCCCUGCGCCCUCCACCGCGCCACCAACAUGGUCUCCCUCGUGCACGACCCCCGCCACCCGCCGCUGACACGGCUCACCGUCGACCGCCUCGGCAACGUCGUCGGGGGCAGGCCCGUCACCUACGUCAACGUCGACAUGCACACCCUCAAGGCCGCCUGCGUGGCCAGCCUCCGCGGGGGGCAGCCCGUGUUCUUCGGCUCCGACGUCGGCAAGUUCAGCAGCGCCACAUUCGGCAUGAUGGACCUCGACCUCUUCGACUGCGAGCUCGGCUUUGGCGUCGGGCUGCGGGGGCUCGACAAGGCGGAUCGGCUCCGCGCAAGGGAAUCGCAGUUGACGCAUGCCAUGGUCCUCACGGGCGUGCAUGUCGACUCCCAGGGCGGCACGGUGCGGUGGCGGGUGCAGAAUAGCUGGGGCGAGCGGUCCGGGCAGAAGGGCUGGUUCGUCAUGUCCGAUGCGUGGAUGGAUGAGUUUGUCUACCAGGCUGUCGUGGACCCUCUGUACCUCGCCAAGGAGGUCAAGGACGUGCUCAAGAAGACGCCUGUCGUACUUCCUCUAUGGGAUCCCAUGGGGAGUCUUGCGUGA